AUGCUCCGCAAUGAAAACCGCCUGGAUUUCAUCACAGCGCUCGCGGAUAAACUUGUAAAUGGCGUGGAUGGCUUUCAGCCAAUGAAAUCAAUGACAAGCAGCAAAAAGAUCAUACAUGCUGUUACAAAGCAUUCGCUUAAUCGCAAUUUAGGGACGUUUAUUGAGCCGCUUAAUGAAGAAUCUGACUAUGCACUUGAUCAGGUCUGGACAGAUAACCCUGAAUUCCACGACGUUCUGUUGAAAGACUCUGUCUGGAAGAUGUUUGGACACAUAAUGUCUAGGACAUUCAUCAACGACAAAGACUAUUAUCGAAAUCCGGAGUGGAUAAAUGUGAGCUCGGAGUACGUCGAACUGUCAGCCUUGGCGGGAUAUGAGCUGCGAGCUUUCCCAAAAUGGGCAAAGCGCUGGGUCGCACCUUUCCUUCCAAGUUGUCGGAAACUUCAGUUCCUUUUCAAGCGCAUUAACACCCUCUUGGAGCCUUUGAAGGAAAAGCUAGAUAAGCAACCAUUGGACAUGGAUGCUAAAGAUCCGCCAAGUUUCUUGUAUCAAAAGAUGGAAGGUCGAUCAGAUGAGCUUGCGUCCAUGUUAAUUGCUCUCUGUUUAGUGUCUUAUGACGGAGGAGGUGAACUGUUCACUCAUGUUCUUCACUCAGUGUUUACAAACGAUCAAUUGGUAAAUGAUCUCCGUUCUGAGAUUGUGACUGUGGUUGGGAAAGAGGGAUUCAACAAGAGUACCUUACAAAAUCUAGUGCUCAUGGAUAGCGUCUUGAAGGAGGCCCAACGCAUGCAUCCUGAGUCCGUUCUUAUGAUGCAACGAAUGGCUUUGGAGGACGUCGUGUUACCCGAUGGACUCAUCAUACCCAAAGGGACUUCCCUUUUUGUCUCCGCUUGCCAUAUAAUUGAUGCAUCGAUUUGGCCUAAUGGUGACCAAUUCGAUGGUUACCGAUUCUUAAAGUUACGCCGGAAGGAGGACAACCGGGCAUUAUACAAUUUUACCUCAACGUCGCCAGACCAUUUCAGCUUCGGCCACGGAUCCCAAGCAUGCCCUGGGAGGUUUUUUGCAUCGUAUAUGCAAAAAAUACUGCUCUGUCAUGUCCUGAUGAAGUAUGACGUUUCGGUCACUAUUCCUGACGAAGGCGCAUGGUUUCAACGUGGGCAGACUCACGUGGCUCAUCCGGGCCUGAAGGCCCGUGUCCGGCGACGAAAAGAAGAGAUCGAGCUAUGGGGGGAAGUUUUAUAA